UUUUUCUGGUACUGGAAGGGUAUGGUGAUGUGUUGUGGAUUUUGUUUGAAUGGGUACUUUGAUGCAUUGCUUAUCAUCUAAACUGAGAUUUCCCACUUCUGGAAUCAUAUUAUGCUCAUCAUCCUCUGAGAUUAGUGUGUCAAGGCAGCAAGUUUUGAAGCAAGUGGAUAAGCAGUUGGCUAAAGGGGAUGAGAGGGCAGCUCUCUCCCUUGUUAAAGAUUUGCAGGGCAAGCCUGGUGGCCUCAGAUGCUUUGGUGCUGCUAGGCAGGUGCCUCAAAGGCUUUACACUUUGGAUGAGCUGAAGCUGAAUGGAAUAGUAACACAGUCGCUUCUGUCACCGGUGGAUACUACUCUUGGUUCCAUAGAAAGAAACCUUCAGAUUGCUGCUGUGGUAGGAGGUGUUUCUGCUUGGAACGUUUUUGGGUUUACUCCUCAGCAGCUUUUCUACGUCUCUUUAGCAGCAUUGUUUUUGUGGACUCUGGACGCGAUUUCUUUCAAUGGAGGAGUUAGUAGCUUGGCUAUUGAUACAAUUGGUCACACCUUUAGUCAGAAGUACCGCAAUAGAGUCAUUCAGCAUGAAGCUGGCCAUUUCUUGAUUGCUUACUUGCUUGGUAUUCUCCCGAAGGGAUAUACACUAACUAGUCUGGAUGCGUUCAAGAAGGAAGGGUCUCUCAAUGUUCAAGCAGGGACAGCGUUUGUGGAUAUUGAGUUUGUUGAGGAGGUUAAUGCAGGCAAAGUAUCAGCAACUACGCUGAACAGAUUUGCGUGCAUAGCGCUCGCGGGUGUUGUCGCUGAGUAUCUUCUUUACGGUUAUGCUGAGGGUGGUCUAGCUGAUAUAAACCAGCUGGAUUCACUGCUUAAAAGCUUAGGCUUUACACAGAAGAAAACUGAUUCACAAGUCAGAUGGUCUGUACUAAACACUGUCUUAAUCAUGCGGCGCCAUGAAGCAGCACGAGCUAAACUCGCAGAGGCGAUGGCAGAAGGAAAAUCCGUAGGAUCCUGCAUCGACAUCAUAGAGAAUACCAUAGGCGAUGCAGACAUCUAGUGCAGCUGGCCAGGUUGCUUUUAUUGAUACUCAGGAAAGCUUUGCGGGUUUAUCUCCUUAUGUGGAGAUGUU